AUGGUUCGUCCGCAAACAAUUUUUGGAGUUAAUAAUUGUGAAAGAGCUGCUUAUUUAAUGACUACUGCAUUAUACUUUGGAAUUGCAAGUGGAUCUAUUGUUGCAGCUAUUUUAGCAGUAACCCAUCCUGGAUUAGGUUUAUUUGACUGGUUUUGUAAUGUAUUUGGUCCAAUUAAUGUGGGUUCUGUUGCAACAAUGAUACUCAUCAUUCGUGUAAUUCUACAGAAACAUCGUAUAGGUCAACGUGCUAUAUGGCAACGCAAUCAUAAAAUGGUAAUCCAACUAGCAUCUCUUUCUACUAUGUAUAUCGCUGUUUGGAUACCCGAUAUUAUAUCUUAUGUCAUUCCAAUCAUUGUUCCAAAUCCACUUGCUCUUGAUUUAGCCUCAAAUGUGUUUUGUUAUUUUGAAUAUUUAGCUGCUCUACUUUGCCCAUUCGUAUGUCUCGUUGGACUUCCUGAAGUGCGUCAAUCCAUACAUCAGAUAUUUAUACGAUUCAAUACUGUACAACCAGCUUCCCAACAUCCUGUAGGAUUCCUCAGAUCUUAA